AUGGAAUGGUUUUACUUCAACCCAAAACAAGCUAUUUCUACUCCUCUUUCUCCACCACCCACAGUAGAGGAAAAUACCGAAAAAGCCCUCGAAGAGGAGAUUGUUUCUAACCCCGAUGAUGUAUUAAUCUUGAGAAAUUUACUGGAAAAUCGUAUUAAGAAUAGAGAAUUACCAGCUGCCCUUAGCAUAAUAAACAAGUUGAUAGAGCUCGAGCCAAACGAGACCGAAUGGCAUUUCUUGAAAUCCCAUUUAUAUGUUCAUAAUGGGGAGCUUGAAUUAGCUAAAUUAGGUUUUAGAGACAUUAUAUUAAAGGAUCCUUAUUAUAUCGAGGCUUAUCGAGGACUCGUUGUGGCAGCUAUGGAAGAUGAGGAAAUGAAUGAAAUGAAAGAAAUAGAGAAAAUGGUUGUGGAAGGAAUUAAAAUGUGUAAGAAUAAUGAGAAUAAAGAGAGUGAGUUGAGGGAUUUAAAGCUUUUGCUUGCACAAAUAUGGGUUAUUGGAGAAAAAUAUGAUGAAGCGUUGAAGGUUUAUCGCGAAUUAGUGGAUGAGGAGCCGGGGGAUUAUAGGCCUUACUUGUGUCAAGGCAUGAUAUAUACGGCGUUGAAGAAGAACGACGAGGCUGAGAAGUAUUUUGAGAAGUAUCGAGGAUUGGUACCGAAAGAGCAUCCUAAUGCUAAAUUUGAGUUUAUGAUGUCGACUUGA